ACAUCUCUCUGACACACACAGACCUUUUCUCUACACACUCUCUCACACACACAUUCUCUCUCUCUACACACACUUUCUCCAUCUCAUACUCUCUACGUACACACUUCCUGUCUGCUAAAUAACAGUGUCAGGAAUAUCAUCUAUCAUGGUGGGCUACUGUCCCAUCUGUGGGAAACCAGUCUACUUUGGUGAGAAGAAGAGGUCAUUGGGGAGGGACUACCACCCUCUGUGUCUGAAGUGUCAACUGUGUCAGAGACAGUUGACCCCGGGACAACAUGCUGAGCAUGAUGAGAAACCCUACUGCACUAACUGUUACAUGAAGACGUUUGGUCCCAGAGUUAGAUACUCAGGUAACAGGAGACUGAUGUCAAACUGUCACAGCUCAGCCUCCUCUUCCUCUUCCUCCUCCUAGGAACCAGUCUAACAAACCAAAAACCAACCAAAAUACAACCUAAUGAGAACUAACAGGCUAUCAACAAGGAUCUAUGUUCAACAAACCUGAUAUUCAGCCAUCAAGCCAAUGACCAAACAACUAGACCCAACAUUCAGCCAACCAACGUUUGACCAACCAAUAAAUAACCAAUAGACAACCAAGCUGACAUUGAACAAACUACCAUCCAACCAACAGACAUCAGUCUCACUCUGAAAGAUCCCCUCUAUCAGUCAAACAUAAAACACCAUGAUGUUGUGUUCAAUGGAGACAACGGUUGUUCUUCAAUAAAACAGAAGCUUCUACA